GCUAGGAAUCUGCUUUUUCUUUUUUGACAUGUGGUGAUGGUUUGUGGUGUGUGUAGAUUGAACGCACAAAGCCUCAGAACACUAAACAGAAUAACAGAUACCUUCUCUCUUUCAGUUUGCAGCCUAGCUUUGAGAGAGAAAGGAUGGUUGAUGCAACUAUAUCAUUUGCUAUCGAAAAGCUGAGUGACUUCCUUACUCAGGAAGUUAACAUUAGAUUAGGAGUGAGAGAUGGUGUGAGGUGGCUUAAAGAUGAGUUGGGUUACCUCCAAUCUGCUGUACGCCAGGCAGAGCUAAAUCAAGAAUUGAAUCCUCUGAUCCGCCAAUGGAUAAACAACGUCAAAGAUGUCGCCAAUGAUGCUGUAAUCAUCCUGGAGAGGUUUAGCACCCUCCAGGAAGAAGAAGAUGCAGCUCCCAGAAAAAGCAUUCUUGGUUGUUUGCGGAGCUCUAUUUGCAUGUGUAGGAAAGAAGCCAAGCUCUACGAUAUUGGCAAGGAGAUCGAAUCACUGAGAGGAAGAGUCGUUGAGAUCAAGAACAGGAGAGAUGAGUAUGGUAUUACCAACAUCUUAGCCAAUCCGAUUGUGCAACAGAGAAAGAGAACAGUACUGAGAGCAACCUCCUUUGAAAACCAGGUCGAUGUGGUUGGUUUUGAGGAUGAUUUUAAGACUUUGUUUGCUGAACUUGUUGGAGAGGAUCCCUCCCUUAAAGUGAUUUCCAUUCACGGAAUGGGGGGGUUGGGGAAGACCACACUCGCUAGUAAGUUGUACGACUCUGGCAAGUUGAACCAUUUUAAUUGCCGUGCUUGGGUUUGUGUGUCCCAAGAAUAUAACAUUAAAGAUGUUUUAAGGACAAUAAUAAAGUCUAUUAUGGACCAUGAACCGACAAAUAAUCUGGAUAACAUGAAUGAGGUCGACUUGCUGCAGCACUUGCGGAAGUUACUGCUAGGGCGUGAUCGAUAUCUGGCUGUGAUUGAUGAUAUAUGGGAUAUAGAGGCUUGGGAAAAGAUUAAAAAAGCCUUUCCAGAUAACAAAAACGGUAGCAGAGUCAUUAUAACCACCCGGAACAAGAUAAUUGCUCAGAGAGUAGAUGACAGAUGCUUUGUCCAUGCACUCCGCUUUCUUAGGGAAGAUGAGAGCUGGGAUUUGUUCUGUAAAAGAGCAAAACCAUUAAAGAAUCUGGAGCAGUUAGGAAAAGAGAUGGUAGGAAAAUGUGGAGGUUUACCACUUGCAAUCAUGGUAUUGAGUGGGUUAUUGUUGCACAAGAACAGCUACGAGGAAUGGGUAAAGGUGAAGAACGAUAUUUGGAGACAACUGAAGGGUGAAUCUGCAGAGAUCCAAGACAUACUCAACUUGAGUUAUUAUGACUUGUCUUUCCAGAUAAGACAAUGUUUUCUCUACCUUGCAAGGUUCCCUGAAGACCAUGCUUUUAAAGUCAACAAUCUAAAGCUGUUAUGGAUUGCAGAGGAAUUCAUAUCAGAAGCUGACGAAGAAGAUGGAGUAAGCAUGGAGGAUGUGGCUGAGAAUUACCUGAUUGAGCUUAUUAAUCGCAAUAUGAUUUGGAUAGAGAAAUGGUAUUGGGGCGAAAAAGUUCAUACAUGUCGGAUGCAUGAUCUUGUACGCGAUCUUGCUAUACAAAAGUCCAAGGAGGAAAAAUUGUUGGGAAUUUUCGACUCAAGUAAACUUCAUACAAGUCCCAUUCGUUUAUUGCAGGAACAACCACGACAUGUCAUUUACAAUGAUUACGGUAAGUACUCGAAAUUACUUGGGCCUGGUUUCUCAGAUUUAAAGUUACGUUCGUUAGCAAUAACUAGUACACUCGCAUCUGAAGAUAUGAAGUUGAUCUGCAGAUUUAAAUAUAUCAAAGUGUUAGACUUGACCAAUGGAAUCUCAAACAUAAUACCAGAUGAAAUUGGGGAUUUGGUUCUCCUAAAGUUCUUUGGCUUAAUGAGAUCUAAUGGAGGAACUUUGGUAAUUCCUCCAACAAUCAGGAAGCUGAAAAAACUACAGACUCUGUGCAGUUUAGGAUAUUCUGGAUAUAAAUUGCCUGUUGAGAUAUGUGAGCUUAAAGGGUUAAGGCAUCUAAGAUUUCAAAAUAAUUACGUUACAGAAGUGACACGAAGUAUGAAGAUUAGCAGCCACCAAACAGAGCUCCAGACUGUGGAUGGUAUGUUGUUUGAGAAUUGGAUCCAGAUUGAUACUCUCAAUUUGAUCCACCUCCAUACACUAACUAUAUUAACUUCAUCCACAGAAGGGAUUGCUUAUAGUUUGGACUCCCUAGCUAAUUUAUCAAAUCUCCAAUCAUUCAUCCUCAAAUUUAACAGUGGUGUUAUUCCUACAAUCAAACCUCUUUCGUUUUGCAAACGUCUCAAGGCUGUCACGUUGCAUGGUACAAUAGGUGAUCGAUCAGAAUUAGGCUUUUUGCCACUUUCAGUCACGAAUAUAACACUAACUGGUAGUAAGCUCAUGGAAGAUCCAAUGCCCACUCUGGAAAGAUUGUCGAAUCUUAUAGGCCUUGACCUGGAUGCAGUGUACAUGGGGAAGAUAAUGGUGUGCAGUAAUGACGCGUUACCAUGCCUAAAAUACUUAAUAAUACGUAAUUUCCGCAAUCUGGAAGAAUGGCUGGUUGAGGAUGGAGCCCUGUCUUCUCUUAAAAAUUUUGAAACAUCUGGUUGUGAGAAGCUGAAGAAAUAUCCAGUGAAACGUGUUUCGUUUGGAAGUUAUAUAGCUACUGUUUGGUAUCUUUGAAAAGAGUUGUAAGCCUAUAUGGCUAUAUCGUAUGUAUUAAAUUUAUGAAUUGUAAAUAAAUUUAUUCACUCACUGUUUAGCAUA